AUGGCUGUCAAGAUGGACCUGAACUCCAGUCCUAUCUUUGUGUUUGUUCCCGGUGCUUGGCAUACCCCUGACACCUUUGACAUUGUCCGUGAUGUACUAGCAAAGCGCGGAUAUGAGUCGGAGGCUGUUCCGAAUGUUUCUGGUGGCGCGACAGAUACCUCGUUUGGAUUGCUUGCUGAUGUCGCGCAUACCAAGAUUGUCGUACAGACUUUGGCUGAUCAGGGACGGCAGAUCGUCGUGGUGAAUCAUUCUUAUGGAGGCCUUGUUGGCGCAGGUGCGGUAGAAGGUCUUGGUCUUAAGCAGCGGGCACAGGCAGGUUUGUCUGGUGGUGUGAUUCAGGUAGUUUGGAUGGCUGCUUUUGUGGCUCCAAAGGGUAUGUCCGUGAUCGAUAUGCUGGGAGGCGAUUAUCUUCCCUGGAUGUUGUUGAAGGAUCCGGAUGAUGGGUACUGUUACUCUUCUCAGGAGGAGACUAUAUUCUAUCAUGAUAUGACACCUGAGGCUCAGAAGACAGCGAUCUCAAAACUCAAGCCUCAUGCUAAGCCUUCUUUUCAUGAGAAGGCGAUUUAUGAACCUUGGCAUGAUAUGCCGUCUUUUUACCUUUUUUGUGAUCAGGAUAAGGCUGUGCCUUUGCAGCUUCAGGAAGGUCUUGCUCGGACACUGGGAAAUCCGGGGACUCACCAUGCGGAUGGGUCGCACUCUGCUUUCUUGAGUGUGCCAGAUCAAGUGGCGGAUGGAUUGGUACUUGCUUUGAAGGAGGGGUUGGAGAAGACUUCUUGA